UAUUGCUGCAUAUACUUUGGCAGUACUAGGGUUAGUUUGACAACUAUGGCACUGGCAGACCUAUUUUUUGCCAUAAUUUAUUUAGCAUAUUUAAGUAGCCUGCAGGCUACUCAAAAUGUAGGCUGUAAUUGAAAACAAUACUGCAUUUUAAAUUGUGCCUCUGCAAGGACAGGCAAGAAAUUGGUUAUGUAGUCUAGGAAUUACCCAUAUUUUCUGUCUCUAUUUGAGGAGUAGCCUAAUUUUGGUGAGAGUCCAUGUUCUCCAUGCCGCUGUCCUUUUUUAAUUAAUACAUCCACUAUUGAGGACGUUUUUAAAAUUCUUAUUAUUAUUAACACUCUCUAAGGACUACAGUGACAGAUUCUCGACGUUGGGAUUUAGGUUUUGUACCUGUAUUCUUGCGCUGAUCUACACAUUUUCGUGCAUAAGGCACCGUUUCCAGGCCUUAUCCUUUGCUUUAAUUAUUUAUUUACGUGUAAACUGCGGUCUUGCUAUCAAAACAUUGAUGGUCGAUCAUCCCCAUCUCUGUUGAGGGCCGAACUAAAACACCUUCAUUUAUUUUCAUCUCAAAUUGGAGUAGGCUGACACACAGUCAUUAUGGCUCGUCCGCGGCCGCGGGAGUACAAGGCAGGAGAUUUGGUUUUUGCGAAGAUGAAGGGAUACCCACACUGGCCAGCGAGGAUUGAUGAACUUCCAGAGGGAGCUGUCAAGCCACCUGCUAAUAAAUAUCCCAUAUUUUUCUUCGGCACACAUGAAACUGCCUUCCUGGGCCCCAGGGAUCUCCUACCAUACAAGGAGUACAAGGACAAGUUUGGCAAGUCCAACAAGAGGAAAGGUUUCAACGAGGGUCUGUGGGAGAUCGAGAACAACGCAGGGGUCAAAUUCACCGGCUAUCAGGCCAUCCAGCAGCAGAGCUUUUCCAAGCCGGCGGGAGAAGGAGGAGACGUGGCAGACGGAAGCAGUGAAGGAGAGGAGAGAGAUUCCAUAGAGGAGGUGGAAGAUGACAAAGGCAAACUGAAGGAAGACAGGGCCGGGUUCAAACGGAAAAGGUCGGCCUUCUCUAAGAAGUCAUCCAAGCUGUCCAGGAUCUCGUCUGGAGAGGAGGAUCUGGAGGACGGGAGAGAGGAGGAUCAGAAGAGCGGAUCGGAGGGGGGAGACCCCGAUAACGACAUCAUUAAGAACACUGCCGACAGCAAGAACCAGUUGCUGAGAGAAGAACAUUAGGUGCUGUGGACACCUGCAGAGGGAAGGGAAGGUAUUCAUUGUUGCUAUCACGUGAUAUUGGAAUGGUCAAACUCCCAUAAUCACCACCUCUAGCACUACCUGUAAUGGGUCAUUCACGUCUAUCUCUAUGUAGAAAAUAACACACAUCUACUACAGUAUAUCAGUAAAUCUGUACCACUCUGCUUCAGCCAAUAGAUGCCCAGGCUUGACCAGAACCAAGGUAACUAGCUUCAAAACAACAUACACACACACCUGUGUCCCCGUCUCUUUCAAAAUCAGAACACCACAUUUCAUAUCUAAACAGUGUAAAAUAAGCAUCAAUCGAUAUUUAUAUUGACCCUUAGCCUCCACUAUCUGAUUAAUCCAUCAAUGAUGUCAUUUAGGUAAACAUGUUAGCUAUGUUUGAUAAAACUUCUAUGAAUAUACAGUAUAAUAUACUCCCCUGUGGUCUAUGAUGAUUGAUAUAUGUUGGGUAUUGCAGUUUUCUGAUCAUACUAGUUGUAUCUUGGAUUUUCUUUUAUAAAACAAUGGUUUAAGGGGAGGGACUAGCUUAGGGUUGCAAAAUUCCAGUAUAUUUUCAAAACUUUCCAGUUUUCCAGAAAUCCCGGUUGGAAUAAUCCUGCAAUCAGGAGGGAAUAAGCAGGAAAUCCGGUGAUCAUACGACUGGAAUUCAUGGGAAACCUGAGAAUUUGGGGAAUGUUACUGGAAAUUUGAAAUGUGUGUUUAACUGACUGUAUAACAUAUCCAUAUCACUCAGCACUGUAUGUUGCUCUUUUAUGUAACCGCAAAAGAUGAAUGGGAAAAGACAUAGAUAAAUGUACGAAGUGUUGUGCACAAACCGACUCUCUAACUUUCUAUCUAUAUAUUUGACUUUGGUUGUAGAGUAUAGGGCCAGUAUUCUACCUGACUGAUCUAGCUAACUGCUCGUUCCGCAUCCCAAAUGGAACCCUACCACCUACAUACUUUUGUGCACUACGCGGCCUUCAUCUUUCUAUGGGAAGUGAUGAAUCGGUUUCAACCUGUGUCAGUAGAAUGGGUUAUUGUAUAUUUUAAAAGCUUUCUAUAGUGGCAUGCUCAACUGUUGUACACAACUACCUAGUUAUUUUCAUAACGUUUUCAAUUAUACUGAACAAAAUGGUAAACGCAACAUGUAAAAUGUUUCAUGAUGAGCUGAAAUAAAAGAUCCCAGAAAUGUUUCAUACGCACAAAAACAUUAUUUCUCUCAAAUUUGGUGCACAAAUUUGUUUACAUCACUGUUAGUGAACAUUUCUCCAUUGCCAGGAUUAUCCAUCCACCUGACAGGUGUGGCAUAUCAAGAAGCUGAUUAAAGCUGAUUAAAAUAGCAUUACACUACGCUCCUUGUGCUAGGGACAAUAAAAGUUUUGUCACACAACACAGAUGUCGCAAGUUUUGAGUGAGCGUGCAAUUGGCAUGCUGACUGCAGGAAUGUCCACCAGAGCUGUUGCCAGAUAAUUGAAUGUUCAUUUCUCUACCAUAAGCC